GAGUUGCAAGGAAUGUCUUAGGACUGCAAUACACGAGGACUUGUCAACAAAUACGGCAUUUAAAAAAAAUAUAACAAUUUGCUUAUAGUACACAACUAAAUAUUUUACUUAAAAUAAGCGUUGCCUUUUAUUUGAUUUAUAUAAGCUUAUUUUAUAAAGCAUAUGUGUUUAUUGAACGUGAAGCUUGUCUGCACGUGUUUGAGCCACCAAUAUUGUUAUUUGCAUUUUUGGCUUUGUGUGUUAUUCGUUUGCAAGAAAUUAUUCUAAAACAUGAGUGGUCCCAAUUCAGAUGAUGAGAGCGGUUCUGGAUCGGAUUCCAGUCGCAGUGGAAGUCGCAGCCGCAGCGUCACACCGCAAGGCAGCGCACCACGUUCGCCUCAUAGUCAUAAGUCGGGCAGCGGAAGCGAACGUUCACGUUCUGGGUCCAGAUCCUCGCAGUCACGCUCCGGUUCCGGUUCGCCUCAUAGCGUACGAUCAGUCUCUGCGGCCAGUAGAAGAUCGCGCUCUGGUUCGGUUCACAGUCGACACCCUGGCUCUCCACAUAGCCAGCACUCCGGUUCACCUCACAGCAAACGUUCCCGUUCCCAUUCACACUCCCGCAGCGGCACGCCCCAUAGCAAGAAUAGUGGUAACGAGGAGUCCCGUUCUAAUUCGCCCAAUCUGCAAAUUGAUGACCAGCGAGCCAAUUCAAAGAGCAAGAGCCGCAGUCGCAGUGGCAGUCGCACUUCUAGAUCCAAAACCCGAUCUCGCUCUCGUUCACGCUCCCAUACCAAGUCGGACACACCACAAUCGGGUCGCACAUCACGGAGCCGAAGCGGUUCCGCUUCCGGUUCGGGCAGUGACAUUGGCAUCUCCAAGAAGAAGCCGCGUCGUCAAAGCAAUUCAGAUAACGAAAAGCGUGAUAGCGACAACGCAACGCCCUCGAAAGCAAAGAAGGCGCGCCUUAUUGACUCCGAUAGCGAUGAGGAGGAGCCGUCAAAGACAGCGCCUGCCGCGUCGGACAUCUUUGGUGACGCGGAUGACAUCAGUGACGACGAGGAGGCGGCGGGUGCUGCGCGCAAAUCUCCGACAGGCAGCUUGGCUCGCUCACGCAGCCGCAGUAUGAGCAAGUCGCGUUCACGCAGUGCCUCCGUAAGCCGGUCCCGUAGUCGCUCUCGUUCGCGCUCUCGCGAUGCAGAACCGCGCCUGACUGUACCCAAGGAGGACGAGCCAGAACCGUUGCCGGAGACGCGCAUUGAUGUGGAAAUACCCCGCAUAUCAGCCGAUCUGGGCAAGGAGCAGCAUUUCAUUAAGCUGCCCAAUUUUUUGUCCGUGGUCACACAUCCGUUUGAUCCGGAAACGUACGAGGACGAAAUCGACGAGGAGGAAACCAUGGACGAGGAGGGCCGACAGCGUAUCAAGCUAAAAGUGAGCAACACUAUCCGCUGGCGCGAGUUUAUGAACAACAAGGGCGAAAUGGUGCGUGAAUCGAAUGCGCGUUUUGUGCGCUGGUCCGAUGGCAGCAUGAGCCUACAUCUGGGUAACGAAAUUUUCGAUGCGUAUCGUCAACCGCUGGUGGGCGACCACAAUCAUUUGUUCAUACGUCAAGGCACAGGUCUGCAGGGUCAGUCUGUGUUCCGGACCAAGUUAACCUUCCGGCCGCAUUCAACGGAGUCAUUCACACACAAGAAGAUAACCAUGUCGCUAGCGGAUCGUUCGACAAAGACGAGCGGUAUUAAGAUACUCACACAAGUGGGCAAAGACCCUACCACAGAUCGCUAUUCGCAACUGAAGGAGGAGGAGGCCAAACUGCGCUUGGCCAUGCGCACCCAACACAAGGUGCAACCUAAAAAGAAAAAGGCUGGCGCUGGCGAACCGCUCAUCGGGGGCGGCGGCAACUCCUCCUAUCAGCAUGACGAUGGUAGCGAUGAUGAGAAUGCAAUCAGUCUAAGCGCCAUCAAAAAUCGCUACAAAAAAGGCGGCAGCGGUAGCGGUGGUCAGGCGGAGCCAAAGGCCUCUACCAUUUACUCCUCGGAUGAGGACGAAGGCUCCGAUUUUGAGGCUCGACGCAGCAAGAAAGUAAACAAGGCCAAAGCCAGCAAAGCACUGCGCGAUUCCGACAGCGAAUCCGACGUCGGCAGCGGCAAAAGCAACGACGGCGGUGCAGACGCCAACAGCGGCAGCGGUAGUGGCAGCGACAACGAAAGUCGUAAGUCAGGCAGCGGCAGCGGCUCCGGCUCCGGCAGUGGCAGUGGCAGCGGCAGCGGCAGUGACAAUGAUGAUUAGCUUAUGAAUGAAUUAAAUUCCACAAUAUGAAUAAAUAUAAUGGAUGCCCUAAACACUAGUUAAUAUCUGUUUCCACUAAGUUAAGGAAAAUAAA